AUGCCAACUGAAAAGAAAAACCUCGUGAAUAACGUGAUUUAUCAGUGCCAUGGGAAAUUAAAGCUGUACAUAAAAGUAAAGCAAAGAAUUACCAACCAUGGCGCGGUAGGCAGGGAAGUGGAAAAACUGAAAGAGGGUUAUAAAAGGUGUGUAAAUUCGAAUUCGGCACGGUUUCGCCAAGUGGAGUGCUGUUACGAUGGUGAUGCUAAUGACGACGUGAAGAUGCCCAGCUGUGCCGACUGCUCCAGCGAGGAUAAACUUAAUAAAGAAAUAUUAAAUGGCUUGUUGAGAAGCCACGCGGAAUAUGGAAGUGGGUGUGUUGUCUCAUUUGUUAGCAACGCGAACAAAUCGCACACAUGUAAAUAUAACAGCGAUGGGGGUAAAAGGAAUGACCCUGUUGACAGCCCAAGUGAUGGGAAAAUAAAAAACUUGGUAGAUAUUUUUUUUAAAAAAAAAAACGGACAGAGAAGGUACUCAUUAAGGUAUGGCUUCCUCAACUCACGCAGUUGGCACGACCUUUUGCAAAAUUGUUGUGAGCAUAAGGCGUAUUACCAAAAAAUAAAAAGUUGCACUUUAAGGAGCGAUGAAAGGAAUGUCAAAGGAAGAAUUAACAGUGAGAGGGGGAGCAAAAUUAAUGGCCCUCCCAAAAGUGAAUUAAAAAAAUUCAGAGAAAAAACAACCCAAGUGGAAUUUUCAGACGCGCAGAAGUUGAAGGACAUCCUCCACUUUGCAGCAAAAGAGGAGAGGGCCAUCAAGCGUGAGGCGAUAAAGAAGGGGGAGCAUUUCUUCUGCACAUUAGUCAGCAUACAUGUUAGCAGCGCAAAAGGGGAGGGUGCACUUGCUAAAGAUUUUAUGAGCGAUGGCGAAAGUGACACAGCGGGGAGGAACAACUUCUUCUUCGUUAACGUUUAUUGCGGGGGGCGCAGUGAAAAAAAACGGGGAGAGGCACAGCUGGGCGACGCGAGGGAAGCGGUUCACCGGAUAGACGCGGCUGAUAGGUUGGAAGCGGCUCGCAGGAUCGACGCGGCAGAACCGAACGUGGCGCUCGCUCAGUUGAGCGACUUCGUUAGACAACCCCUCACGGGGGAGGGCCCCCCAGUGGACAUUUCACAUUUUAACAGAGUAGCCAAAAUGAUAUGCGAGCUUUACUGCAGUACGGCUGACAUGCACUUGAAAGUUUGCCUCAACAUGUGCGGCAAUUCCGGUGUGAAGGAAGAGGACGAACCGAUUUUUAACUUCCUCUGCUCGGUUGAUGCCCCCUUGGAGGAGUUCCUCACACUGUUCAUAAAGGAUGUGACGAAGUCCCAAAUGGGAAAAGGCAAUUUGGGGGCAGAACGCGAACAUGGAAAGGGUAGGGGGUCCCCAGAAAAGGAGGAAACCCCACCAAAAUUGGAAGCCCCACCAAAGUCGGACGCGCAGAAACGGAUAGAAAACGCCCUAUUCGGUACCAUCCCCCUGGAUGAAGAAACCAAAUCCGCCUUAGUAACAGAAGCGAUGAAUUUCCCGGAGCAGCACUUGAACAAACUCGCGUCCUUAAACAAAACGCUGCAACAUAAUUAUGCCCUUUUCAAGGAAAGGGAAAAAAAUCUCCACAGUAGCAUUGCGCGCAUAGUGGAGAAGCAAAACCAAAUGAUGAGGCACUAUGAGGAGGAGGAAAAAAAACAAAAAAAUGAAAUAAUUCAAAUUCUUCAAGAAAUAUCAUUCGUUAGUGAACAAAAUGUGGAAAUAAAAAAUGAAAUAGAAAACCAUAAAGGGUUGAAUUUGAAAUAUGGGGAAAUGGAGAAGGAUAGACAAGAGCAGCACUUGAAGAAAUUCCAGUCAGUUGAUACUAUCCUUGAGAGGGAGUUCGAAUCGUUCCUCAAGUUUAGGCACGAGUCGUUAGUGAAUACCGAGUGGGAUGGGAAAGGGGAGAAAAAAGGAAGCGCUGAUGGGUCAUCGAACAACAAAAGAGAAGAGCGAACUAGCUGUGAUGUUAAGUCCACUUCGCAAGAUGCCAUAAGAGACAUCCGCAAAAAGCAGGAAGAGCAAUACUUGAAAAAUUUAAACGAAGCGAUGAACCAUGCGGAGAAAAUAUUUCGGGAAACUCAGGACGUGAGAAAAAGGUAUGACGAGGCCAUACGGCAGAAGGCGGAGUUGUUUUCCACUCUGAAGGACACCGCGGUGAAGUUCAACGAGCGAGCAAAUUUUCUGAUGAACAAUUUCAAAGGCACAAAGGGGUUGAAGCUGGUAACCCCCAUAGAGGACAAGUGCGUCAACUUUAUGGAAAAAUACGAGCGCCAAAAUUUAGUCAUAAAUAAUGACAUGCGCGAGUAUAGGGCCCUACUGGAGGAGCUACAGACGCGCAACUUUAACGAGAGACAGCUGCGCUGGAUUCACAAAAUGAGUUCUUUGUCCAAGCACUUUUAG